AUGGGCAGGGACGGCGCAUCUGAGAGGGAUGAAAUACGGUGGCUGGCGCUGGGCAGGGGCGCGGCACUUGAAGCGGAUGCUGAUGAGACCGCGUCCGCCAAGCCCACUCCCAGCUUCGCGUCCGUGACGUCACCGUCCCAUCCAUCCGCACGAUCCAGAUCUCGACCCCGCUCCGUUCGCGCUCUCCCUCCGAUCUACCCCCGACUCACGAUCCGCCUCCGCCCCGCCACCAACAGCGACACCUUCGACGCGUCCGCCCUAGCAGUUCUUCAUCCCCUUUCCUCUUCGACGCGCCUCCGUCGGUGA